CCAGGAAGGUCGCAGGGAGGAGUGCGUCACUUCCGGCCGGGUUGCGGGGUUAUAGUGUGAGAAGUAAAGAAACCAGGCAGCGACUAUGGACGUGAACGGGCCGGACAGUGACUGGCGGAGUGCAGGCUUCAGGCAGAAGCUGGUCAGUCAGAUAGACGAGGCAAUGCGCAAAGCAGGGGUUGCACACACCAAGUCCAGCAAGGAGAUGGAAAGUCAUGUUUUUCUAAAGGCUAAAACACGUGAAGAGUAUUUGUCUUUGGUUGCCAGACUUAUUAUUCACUUUCGAGAUAUCCAUAACAAGAAAUCCCAGGCAUCAGUAAGUGACCCAAUGAAUGCCUUACAGACUUUGACUGGUGCAGCUCCUGUUGGUGCACAGGGAUUACCCAUGGGUGCCCGCCCUCCCGGGGCACAAAUGGCAGGCAUUGGUGGAAUGGCACAAAUGGCACAACAAAUGGCCCUUCCUGGUCAGCCACAGCAAGGUGCAUCGGGUAUGCCACCACAUGGAUUAACAGGGGUAUCGGCUGGAAACCAACCUACCCAAAUGCAGCUUCAGCAAAUGGCCCAGCAACAGCAGCAGCAGUUUCAGCAGCAACAAGCAGCCUUACAACAGCACCAUCAGCAGCAGCAGCAACAGCAACAGCAGCAGCAGCAAUUCCAAGUCUCUCAGCAAAAUGUUAUGCAGCCGCAGCAGCAGCAACAGUUUCAAAUGGCAGCGGUAGCUGCAGCUCAGCAGCAGCAGCAGCAACAGGCACAACAGCAGCAGCAGGCACAGCAGCUCCAGGCUGCAGUCCAGCAGCAACACAUACUGAAGCUACAGAUGCAACAGAGUCAGCAGCAGCAGCUGCAGCAGCAACAGCAGCAGCAACAACAACAGCAGCAGCAGCAGCAACAACAGCAGCAGACAUCGCUGAGAUUUCCUCACAUGCAGCAAAUACAGCAACAGCCGGUUCAGCAGGUUAUGCAGCAGCAGUCGCAACUGCAGCAACAGCAGCCACAGCAAGUGAUGCAGCUCCAGUUGCAACAGCAGCAAGUGGCACAGAAUCAGCAGCAGAUGCUUUCCACCCAAACCCAAGGCCAGUCUAUGCAACCAGUUAUGUCAGUAACUCUCACACCACAGCAGCAACAACAGUUGAAGAUGCUUCAGCAGGUACAAGCUCGGCAGGUGCAUCAACAAGCACAACAACAAGCACAGGCUCAACAAGCCCAACAGCAAGCGCAAGCCCAGAUGCAGGCAGAAAAGCAAGCUCAGCAACAGCAGGCAGCACAGCAAGCGGUUCAACAGCAAGUGCAGCAACAGCAGCAGCAGCAGCAGCAACAGCAGGCUGCUCAGCAGCAAGCUGCUCAAGCUCAUAUGGCAGCAGCGGGGGGCCAGAUGAUCACCGCAUCUAUGACUCGAGGUGGGAUGACAAUAAGGUCGCGGUUCACACCCACCAAUGAAUCUGACACGCCUCCAAACUCCAUCCCUAUGGGAGGACAGCAGAUCCCACAGGUAAAUCAGGGCAAUAUCUCUUUAGUGUCAUCACCAUCGCCUGUGCAGCAGGUGCAGAUGCCACCACCUCCUCAGCCAUCCCCACAGCCCUCACAGUCAAUGUCUCAACCCAACUCCAAUGUCAGCUCUGGUACAGCACCCUCCCCAAUUUUCCUGCCAAGCCCAUCCCCACAGCCUUCCCAGAGCCCAGCAUCUGCUCGCACUCCUCAGAAUUUCAGCGUGCCCUCUCCAGGUCCCCUGAAUACCCCAGGCAAUCCAAACUCUGUGAUGAGCCCUUCAAGCAACAACCAGUCAGAGGAGCAGCAAUACCUGGAGAAGCUGAAACAACUUUCCAAGUAUAUAGAACCAUUAAGGCGAAUGAUCAACAAGAUUGAUAAAAACGAAGAUCGAAAGAAAGAUCUCAGUAAAAUGAAGAGUCUCUUGGACAUCUUAACAGACCCAUCAAAGAGAUGCCCCCUGAAGACCCUGCAGAAAUGUGAGAUUGCGCUGGAGAAGCUGAAGAAUGACAUGGCUGUGCCAACUCCUCCCCCUCCAACUGUCCCUUCCACAAAGCAGCAAUAUCUGUAUCAACCCCUGUUGGAUGCAGUCCUGGCGAAUAUCCGAUCACCUGUAUUUAACCACUCCCUGUAUCGCACAUUUGCACCAGCUAUGACUGCUAUUCAUGGGCAGCCUAUCACAGCUCAGAUGAUUGCUCCUCGAAAGCGAAAGUUUGAAGAUGAUGAGAAGCAGUCCAUUCCAAACGUUCUUCAGGGUGAGGUUGCCAAACUGCACUCCAGAUUCUUGAUAAAUCUGGAUCCCUCUCACUGCAGCAACAAUGGGACUGUCCAUCUUAUAUGUAAACUGGAUGAUAAAAACCUCCCAAGUGUUCCUCCUCUACAGCUAAGUGUCCCAGCUGAUUACCCUGAACAGAGUCCACUUUGGAUGAACAACCCCCGACAAUAUGAGGCCAAUCCUUUCCUACAGUCUGUGUAUCAUUGCAUGACAUCUAAACUACUUCAGCUUCCCGACAAACACUCUCUCACAGCAUUGUUGACCACAUGGGCACAAAGCAUUCGGCAAGCCUGUCUGUCGGCUGCAUGAAGAGAACAAGAUGUUCAUAUGCAACACAUCUGGACCAGUCCAUUAGGCCCAUGGCGCCAGUAAAUUGAAAUGCUGAACAGGGGUUAAAACUCUGCAAUAUAAAUGCUGUCUUGGGAAUGAUUAAGUGAUAGACAAACUGUACAAAACAUUAGGAGCCACAUUUUUAUUCAAGUCUGAAAUGUUUUUUUACACAUGACAACAAACAAUGUUUAUGAAUUUUUAUAUAUAUUUGUUGCAGAGAGGAAGUUACGCGAUGGCCAUUUCAUCGAUAUGCCAACUAUGCUUAUGAGUUAUGUUUCUAAUACAGUACGGGAGAGUGAACGCAGGAAUCUAAAUGGUUACUAUUACUAAUGGCAAUAGUAUGUUCUUCCUUUAUAUGUAUAGUGUAUGUAUAAUGUCCUAAUAUAACAAGGCCUUAAGCUGGGUACACACCAACAGUUUUUUUUUUUUUACUGUACUGCCCCUUCCCCCCCCCCCCCCCCCUCUCCUCCAAGAGAACACUACGAUCAGCUCUCUCUGCUAUUGGCUCAGAUCGCUGAUCGGGAGUCUGUCGGCUGCUGCUUUUCCAGAAUGCACGUCCGACAUACACAGGAGCAGAAUGUUGGCCGUCUUUUUAACUGGCAAAUGUCUCCCGUCAUUCUGCCCAUGUGUACGGGGCUUUAGAAAUUGAUGCCACGGGCUGUUGUCAUACAGUAUACAGCAGCUGUGUUCUGGCAGCGGUAUGGGAACUUCAAAUUGGGGUGAGUGCUUUUCAACCAUUUACAGGAAGCCUUGUGUUUUUAUCAAUGAAUACAAGGCUUACUAUGAUAAAACUGAGAGGUGGAGAUGGUGGAAUCAUCCACCCACCUUUCCACAGAUACAGAUCUGUCCUUUUUAGAUCCUGCGGAAGAUAAUGUACUGUAGAUUAACCAUUUUUUUUUAUUGUUUUUUUGCAGUUUCUUGCAAUAAAUAAAAGAUUCUCAUUUCAGAGAGUCAUACAAAUGUUGCUUUUUUAACUAUUUUAUUUCUAGCCGUUUGGGGGGAAAAAAACAAGCAUUGUACAUUAUUAAUACCCAGACAUUCGAAAAUUGGAGUUUUUGUAUAUGCAUAUUAAGUGGAAUUAAACAAGGCUUAAACUGA